CGUGGACUGCGCCCUCGAGGGCUGCUCAAUAGGCGAGAAUGCAAACGUCGUCGACAAGAGCAUCGUUCAGGAUGUCAGAUGAUUGGUGCAUCAGCUCCCACCUCCUGCGCCCCCAAUCAGCUACCCUCACAUCUACACAACGCACGACGAGGUCCUCUGUCAAUCAAAUUAAGGUUAUUACUUCUCGGUACACCCUGUGCACAAUUAUAGACGUUAAUCAUUUUGCCAGCCUUGCAAGCUGAGACCUCACCAAAUCAUGGAUGCUACCCGCUUCCCACUGCGUCGUCAUAGCGGCCAGAUUCAUAGCGUCAAGAUCCCGUUUUAUUUCUCCGCAUGCACUGGUGCCGGACAGACUAAACGUCAAUCACCCACUGCAGUGCUUCUCAGCGUUACCAUGAGCAUGUGGAGAUUGGACCGGCAUUGCGAGCCUUACGCUUCACAGUUGUCUCGUUCUCGAAAGACUACCAGAUAUUACACAACUGUAUAAAACCAUUCUCCCUCGCCAUCAACCCUCAUGAUAUAACACAACAGAUACGCCAGUAUACAAAAACAACACAAGACAUCCAACAAAUCAAAAAUGGCCUCGUCAUCCUCUACCCAUUCGAAAACCCAAAUGCAAGCCUCUUCUACACCUAAAGAUGGUUCGGAACUCGCCGACGUCCAGUGUUAUACCUGCAGGAAGCGACAUAUUAGAUGCGACCGAACUCUUCCAACAUGCCGAAAAUGCGACAAAAAAGGCGUUCCCUGUCUCGGCUAUCAGAAACCUUUGAGAUGGGCAGACGGCGUUGCUGUCCGUGGCAAACUAAAGGGCAAAUCCAAACCAGUAGUUGAUGCCGAUGUCAUAGAGAUGGUCAACAAAAAUGUUCAGCAACAGGCCGAUUCCACUUAUGAAAAAGCAGCUCAGUUUGGUGUCCCGCUUGCGGAGCAGCCCGAGACCCAAAAUGCACCAGCCGAUUCGCAAUGGAUGCAACUUAUGGGUUAUUAUAAUCAUACACUUUGUGCUGAGCGUGUCACUAUCGGGCAGACCACAACUUUGGACCGUCACCUGGCCCCACUUUCUGUCGACACAGCAUCUAGACUGCCGAGAAUCAUAGUAGACUGCAUACUCGCAAUCUCUGCGGUCCACAUGUCAUUGCAGAACCCAGGGAAUAAAGCUUUAGAGCGUUUGGCACUCGAGAAAAAAGUCGGUGCUUAUCAAAGCCAUAAUAAAACAAUGGUCACACCGCGAGAUCAAACAGACAUCAGGCCUGAUGUUGCCAUAUGCGUUGGUAGCUUGAUAUUUGCCAUGGAUUUACUCGAGAAUGGGGUCGAUAGAUGGGUGGUGCACGCCAUGGGCUCCUUACACAUCAUCUCGUCCUAUGGGGGGAUAGAAAAUUUGUGUUUCUACUACCCACAUCUCCAGGUUCUGGUUUAUCACCUGGCACAUUUCGAAACGAUGUGGGCAGCUCUUUCCCACAUUCCGAUGACGAAGGUGAAACAUACAACGCGGGCGGCUCUUGAGGGUCUAUGUCACUCACCCCUCGUGAAAAGAAAGACAUCCAAUCUAUGUCCGACAGUGUUGACAUUGGCUAUGUGGGAUAUGGGUGUUUGCGCUCAGAACCUCCUUAGCAACGACGGCCCUGGACUUGCUGAGAUGUACAGAAGAGACAAAGUACUGCGAGAAGUUCUUGAAUAUCAACCCACGAAUACAGGUUUUGACAGUCAAAACCCGGAAUUUAUGAACAGGAUCCCGUUUUUCUGGGAAAAUUUCAAUGCUUCAUGGAAAGCGGCGAUUACAGUCCUCAUAAUUCGCUACUUAUACCUUGGAAGACCAAACUUGUCUCCUCAAGUCUUGUCCUCAUCAUCAUCGGCCAUGAACCAAUCAAGACGGUCCUUUACUUCGCAGCCAGAUCUCAACCCCUACAAUCAAGGGACGGAAGAGAUGGAGUUCAGUGAUUCCGGUGACGAGUUUGGAAUCAACGAAGAGCAUGCGGAUUAUCUUUUUCCUGGACCCCAUCACGAAGACCCUUUCUCUAGGUCUGCAUCACCCACACCAUCAUACAUGGAGUCGCCCAACGAGCAGCUUUGGAACAGUCGGUACAAGAUUCACGAGGAAGCCUUUUCCAGUCUUUUCACGUCUCUUAUGUUCUUGCACGAUAAUACAGAGCCUGCCUAUGCACGUUACGUCCUCCUCCCAGUGUUCAUUCUUGGGUUGGUCAGCCGGCCUGGCAGUAAGGAGCGUGCUCUUUGUCUGUCAUACUAUGCCAGAUUCGAAAGUUCUGUCAAUAAUCCCCCGACCAAUAUUGGUGGUGGUGAGAAGCUAGGACUUGAUAUUCCAUGGGAAGCACUCGAUGCGUACUCGGAAGUGAUAAGCCGGGGAGUCACAGACAUUUUUCUACCAGAAGCAGACACACUGGUAAAUUCCGCGCCAGAGUGGAACUGGUGGGAUAUGCUCUUAUCUCUGGAUAUGAAUCUAACGUGGCCGAUUUCCGCUGGAACUUCUCGUCUGGAAUGCGGAUCAGAUUAUUGGGCAUUCAAAAUUCUAUCGUCGGUAUUGACAGAAGAAUGCUUCAGCAGCUGGAUGCAACCAACACACCCAUCGUAG